GGGUUUCUACCCUCGUGGCGGCGGUGAGGUGGCGGUGACGGUGAACCCGGUGAAGGAGCUGCAGCCAGUCGUCAUGACGGAGCGAGGAAACAUCACAAAGAUCUACGGCCGCGCCUUUGUCGCUGGCGUACUGCCCUUCAAACUGGCUAAGGACAUGUCUGCGGCUGCAGUUCGGACCAUCAGGAAGGAGAUCAAGGAGCUGUACAUCAACAUCCCAGCCGUGCAGGAGAAAGAGAAGGCGUGCGGAAAUGGAAACGGCAUCAUAAUCAUCGCAGAGUCGUCGACGGGGUGUGUGUUCGCAGGAUCGGCUCUAGGGAAGAAAGGUGUGUAUGCAGAUAAAAUCGGUAUUGAAGCUGCUGAAAUGUUGCUGAGAAACAUUCGACACAAUGGCUGCGUGGACGAGUUCCUGCAGGACCAGCUCAUCAUCUUCAUGGCUUUGGCAAAGGGAACGUCUCGGAUUCGAACAAGUGCCGUGACGCUACACACGCAGACAGCCAUCCACAUCGCAGAGCAGCUUACUCAGGUCAGACAUGAGCCAAACACGCCAUUUACAUACUGA